UCCGUGUAUCCUUAUAAAUUUAACACCACUCUACUCUAAGAUGACUAAUGUAUACAAAUCAUGGACAACCAAAAACUCACAUGCUUAACUCUUUCCCUUUCAAUAUUUCUCAUCACCUUCACUCAUUCACAAGCAAAACAAACUGAACCCAUCUCAGACGCCCUCAGAACCGACAACUUCCUCAACCAAACCUACCAAUGGCUGAGCCACCAAAGAGCACAGCUCCAAGAAACCCAGUUCAAAUUCUCAGCCCCCAUUGUCCUUGCCGGAAUAUUCUGCUUCAUAGCCGCCUCCAUAUCAAGUGCCGGCGGAAUCGGGGGUGGCGGGCUCUUCAUCCCUAUACUAACCCUAGUGGCAGGCCUAGACCUCAGAACAGCCUCAAGUCUCUCAGCUUUCAUGGUCACAGGAGGGUCAGUUGCAAAUGUUAUGUACAACUUGUGCAUCAAAAGUUCCAAAUUUGGAGGCAAAAGUCUGAUAGAUUAUGACAUAGCUCUUCUAUCAGAGCCAUGCAUGUUGCUCGGAGUGAGCCUUGGAGUGAUUUGCAACCUAGCUUUUCCAGAGUGGCUGACUACUAUUCUCUUUGCUCUAUUUCUUGCUUGGUGUACCUCAAGGAGCUGCAAAAAUGGGUUGGUGCGUUGGGAAAUGGAGUCAGAAGAGCUGUUGCGGUUGAGAAAUGAUGGUGAAUAUUUGGAGCAAAAGGAAAUAGAGGCACCCCUUUUGGGGACAAAAGGAAAUUGCAAACUAGGGAUUCCAUGGAAAAAAAUGGGGGUCUUAGUUCUGGUUUGGUGCUCUUUCUGCCUCGUCUAUCUUCUCCGCGGUAAUCGGUAUGGACAGGGUAUCACACAAAUAGAGCCUUGUGGAAUGGCUUAUUGGGUUCUCUCAUCAAUCCAAAUCCCUCUUGCCAUAAUCUAUACAGCCUGGAUGCUAUGCAAAAAAGAGAACCUUCAACCUCAUACUUUAAACCAAAAGGAUAUUCAGGACCUGCAAAAUGUUGGACCAUCGAAGCUAGUUUUCCCAUCAAUGGCACUACUAGCAGGGAUUUUGGGGGGUGUUUUUGGGAUCGGAGGUGGAAUGCUUAUAAGCCCUCUUCUUCUUCAAGUUGGGGUAGCACCUGAGGUAACGGCGGCAACUUGUUCGUUCAUGGUAUUCUUCUCGUCUUCCAUGUCGGCAUUUCAGUACUUGUUACUGGGCAUGGAGCACGCAGAUACUGCACUCAUCUUCGCCAUCGUGUGCUUCGUUGCAUCGCUUCUUGGACUGGUGGUGCUGCAGAGAGCAAUCAAAGUGUAUGGAAGGGCUUCUCUAAUUGUGUUCUCAGUUAGUAUAGUGAUGGCUUUGAGCACUGUUCUGAUGACUACCUUUGGGGCUCUUGAAGUGUGGAGAGAUUUUGUAUCUGGAAAUUACAUGGGAUUCAAACAACCAUGUUAAUAACAAUAUCCCAAGCAACGGAAGAAACAUAUCAAACACAAAUUUCGUAGUUGCUACUUUCAUUA